AUGAAUUUUGCGAGUAAUCAGGUUCAUUAUAAUGAUGGACAAUAUAACACAAGAAAUUUCGAUUCGCCGAACAAAAAACGUGAUCCUUAUCUAUCACAACAAACUGAUCAGUCGAUUAUUAUAGAUCUCACUUCGAAAGUAAACAAACUCGAGAUUAAAUUUAAGUCUUCAAAGACUAAUGAAGAAGAAUAUUUUGAUGCGAGCGAAGAAGAGAAUUAUACUAUAUACGAUAACGACGACGAUGAGAUUGAUGAACAUGAUUACUUGAUGGAAUACGAAAUGUUUUUAAUCGAUUUCAAAAUAGAAUCAAGACAUGGUGUGUGCAAUAACAAUAAAAGUGAUAGCGAAAAAUUUUCGGCACCUGAAUUUAAAAUCGACACGUCAUAUCUGUCACCCCCUGACGAGAAUCGAGAAAUUAUGAGAAAACAAUGGCCACAAAUGGAUGUCGAAAAUAUCGAUCCUAGAUACUUGUGUCCACCCGGAUGGCAUAUUCGCCGCAUGCAAAAAAUGUUUUUUGAACAUCGGCGUGAGUAUAGAAGUCAAAUGAGAGGGUUUGAUGUGGAUAAAGAGUAA